CUUCCUCUAUAAAUCAAGAAAGACCCAUCUCUCAAAACUCAAGAAUUCUCUUCGUCUCCAUUCAAUUCCCCACCACCACCUCCUAUCUAUACCCCCCCAAUCUCUCUCUCUCUCUCUCUCUCUCUCCAAACCUUCUCAUUUUCAACUUAUAUCCAUUACAAGAAUUCCGAAAACCAUAAACUCUCGCUAAAAACCUAGCAACACCCAUCUCUCAAAAACCAGUUUCCCACCACCACUAGCCAAAAACAAAAAAGAAAAAAAGAAAAAAAUUGAAAAUGAAGGAAUUCUGGACAUCUUUGGCAUCACUAAUGGGCGUUUGGGCCUUCUGCCAAAGCCUCCUCCACGCAGUAUUCCCAGCAGAGCUUCGCGUGGCGUCUCUGAAGCUGUUAAGCCGCGUCUUCAACCUCUGCUCCUCCUACUGCUACUACGACAUCACCGAGAUCGACGGCGUGAACACCAACGAGCUCUACAACGCCGCCCAACUCUACCUCAGCACCUCCGCUUCCAUCACCGGCAGCCGCCUCAGCCUCACCCGCGCCACCAACUCCACCGCCGUCACCUUCGGCCUCUCCAACUCCGACAACCUCGUCGACGUCUUCCUCGGCGUUCCCGUCCUCUGGGAACACGUCAUCACUCCCCGCCAGAACCAGACCUUCUCUUGGCGCCCAUUGCCCGAAGACAAGCGAGGCUUCACUCUCCGAAUCAAGAAGAAGGACAAGUCAUUGGUCCUCGAUUCCUAUCUCGAUCACAUCAUGGACAAGGCCAACGAAAUUCGAAGGAAGAACCAGGAUCGGUUUUUAUACACAAAUUCACGAGGUGGGUCGCUCGAUUCGAGAGGCCACCCUUGGGAUUCUGUUCCUUUCAAGCAUCCCAGCACAUUCGAGACAUUGGCAAUGGAUCCACUGAAGAAAGAAGAGAUCAUGGCCGAUCUCAAUGACUUCGCUAACGGUCAGUCUUUUUAUCAGAAGACUGGUCGAGCAUGGAAGCGUGGUUAUCUAUUGUAUGGACCACCAGGAACUGGAAAAUCAAGCAUGAUUGCUGCCAUGGCCAAUCACCUCGGCUACGACAUUUACGAUUUGGAAUUGACUGAGGUUCAUAACAAUUCCGAUUUGAGGAAGCUCUUGAUGAAGACCAGUUCCAAAUCCAUAAUUGUGAUUGAGGACAUCGAUUGUUCUAUCAAUUUGACUAACAGGAAGAAGAAUGCUGGUGAUGCUCCGGGGAGGAACCACCACUACGACGGCGGACCGCUGCCGGAAAUGAGAGGCGGCGGCGAUGAUGGUGGCGGAAACUCGAUUACGCUUUCUGGGUUGUUGAAUUUCACUGAUGGGUUGUGGUCGUGUUGUGGGAGCGAGAGGAUAUUCGUGUUCACAACCAACCAUGUGGAGAAGCUCGACCCGGCAUUGCUGCGAAGUGGGAGGAUGGAUAUGCAUAUAUUCAUGAGCUAUUGUUCAUUCCCAUCGCUGAAGAUUCUUUUGAAGAAUUAUUUGGGAUAUGGUGAGGGAGAUUUGAAUGAGAUGGUGUUGAAGGAAUUGGGUGAGGUUGUUGAUGAUGCUCAGAUGACACCAGCAGAUAUCAGUGAGGUGUUGAUCAAGAACAGGCGUGAUAAAGACAAGGCGGUUAAUGAAUUGUUGGAGGCAUUGAAGGCUAGGGUGAAGAAGAAUAGAGCAAAUGGUGGGUUGAUGAGAGAAGAAGAAGAGCAAGAGAAGAGGGCACUUGAGAGCCCAAAACAAGGUGGUGAUGAAUUGCAAGAAAGUUGUAACAAAAGUGAUGAUAACAAGCCAAAUUGAUACACAAUUGGAAUUGGGUUAGUGAGAGAGUGAGAGGGAGAGUGUGCAGUUUGGUGCAUUCAUCAGGUCAUGAAAUUUUUUUUGGACAUUGGAAAGAAGAAAGGAAAAAAAAAAA